AUGUUACAAUUGUUCAUAAUUGCUUUAAAUAUUGUUAAAUGCGGGUUGUGUGUUGAUAAUCUUAACAUUUCCGGAAAUUUAGGUAAUAGUUGCAUGCGAGAAGAAUUUAGAAAUAUUAUAUAUAAAGAUAUUCUACUUGAUGUAAACCCUGAGGGAUGCAAAGAUUUUGUAAGAACAAUUUUUUCUUAUAUACCAGUUACUGAUUCAAUUAUGUCAAUUAAAUCCGAUGCAAGUACUUUACACACUCUUCUUGAUCACGAUGCUGCAUUAGCGGCGGUAGUUUUACGAAUAGCCUUUAGAAAAUUGGCUGAAAGAAAUCCAGAAAUUGACGAAUUGGCCUUGGAAACUCUUUUAAAAUAUUUUUUUGAAUUUAUCAGAAAUUCCAAUGAUAAACAUGCAAAACCUUGCCUUGAAUUUUGCUAUGAGGGCAAAGAUUCACUAAUUGGAACACCUAAGCAAGUUUUGUGCACUUUGUUACAUUGCAGAGGUCUACGAAAUAUUUUUGAAGUUUUCUUAGUGGGUGUUUUAUGCGAUUUAAAAAAACGUGCAGCUUCUUUUUGUUUGGAACAACCACAUGAAAAGGUAAGUGUAGUUUAUGCUGUUUAUAUGGCAAGAGUUGUAGAAAUUUUAUUAGAGAAAAUUUUUGAGAUUAGAAGGUUACUUGAUGGAAACAGAGAAGACAUGUUUGAAAACUUUUAUGUUUUAAUUCCAACUAACAACGUCAUUAACAAAUUAUCAAAUCCAAUUAUUUCGGCUAAUGCGUGGGUUGACCCUAAUGCAGUUAGAGAAUAA